AUGCUGGGCGUGCGGCUGCGGCUCCUGGCGUGUUGCCUGCUGCUCGGCGGCCGCGGCCCGGCGCGGGGCGCCGGCGCCCUCAGCCGGGACGAGGUGCCCUCUCUUCGGAAUAAAGGGAUAUUUAUUAUCCAAAGUGAAGACUCCAACUUGUGCAUUAAAGUGGACACGGUUGGCCUUGUUCUGGAAGACUGCGGUCAACUCUCAAAAGACAUGUUAUGGAAAUGGGUAUCCAAUCGCCGUCUUUUCAACAUAGGCAGAAGUACCUGUCUAGGACUGAACAUCAGUAGGCCAGAACAGCCAUUAAGUAUGCUUGAGUGUGAUUCAACUCAAUACUCGUUAUGGUGGAAUUGUGAUGGAAAAGCAUUAGUUGGUGUAUCAGAGUACAAAUUAGCCGUUGAAAGCAGCAACCGUAUUGUGGCAAAAAAAAAAUCUACUUAUCAGUGGAAACAGUACAUGUCCUAUGAUGAAGACCUUUGUGAACACCCAUUUCAAGAAACAUACACCUUGCUGGGAAAUUCUUUUGGUUUUCCAUGCAUUUUUCCAUUUAAAUAUAACAACAAGUGGUAUUAUGAGUGUACCAGAGAUGGAAAGGAAUUUGACUGGUGUGCCACAACAACUCACUAUGAACAAGAUGAAAAAUGGGGGUUUUGCCCAAAUGCUGAGAGCGGCUGCGAUGGUUUUUGGAAGAAGAACCCCAACACACACCUUUGCUACCAGUUCAACCUUGUGUCUGUGCUGACCUGGCGUGAGGCACGGGCUGCCUGUCAGCUGCAAGGAGGAGACCUGCUGAGUGUCACCAACCCUGAAGAGCAGAGCUACAUAAGCAACUUAAGCAGGCAGUUAAAUGCCACAGACAUGAUGCUGUGGACGGGCCUGAAUCGCCUGGAGGAAGAUGCUGGCUGGCAGUGGUCAGAUGGAGCACCGCUAGUGUUUGUGAACUGGAGAGCAAAUGUCUCUGAUAACCGUUUUAGAGAAAAUCAUUGUGCAGUGAUUAAUUCAAAAUUGAAGUACGGCUGGCAAAGUUAUUUAUGUGAAUCUGGAUUGCCUUUUGUAUGCAAAAAAUAUUUAAAUAAGACAGAGCAUGAAACACUGGAUACAUGGAAGUAUUAUGCCACUCGUUGUGACUCUGGCUGGUACCCACACAAUCGCAACUGCUACAGACUUCGUAAAGAGGAGAAGAGCUGGAACGAUGCUUUUAUCUCAUGCCAAAGUGACAAUAGCGGGCUCAUUAGUAUAUCCUCCAUGGCAGAUGCAGAGCUGCUCCUUAACUUGCUUGAAAGUGAAAAUGUAACCGAAACAUGGAUUGGGUUAUACAGUAAUAACACCUCCGCUGUUUUUGAGUGGUCAGAUGGCACCCCGGUAAAAUUCUCUAACUGGCACAGCCAAGAACCUAACACCUUUCAAAGAACAGGACAACUCUGUGUUUCAGCACAAGGACCUGAGGGGCAUUGGAAGGUUAAAAAAUGUGAAGACAGAUCUUUCUACAUUUGCAAAAAAGCAGGGGAAUUUAAUGUUGUCUCUCCUGAGCUGGAAUCAAGUUGUCCAGAGGGAUGGGAAAGACAUGGUGGAUAUUGUUACAAAAUCGACAGUACCCCUCGAAGUUUUGAACAUGCUUCCAGUGGUUAUUUCUGCCCAUCUGCACUUGUAUCAGUAACAAACAGGUUUGAACAAGCUUUUAUCAACAGCAUGAUCCGUAGCAUGGUAAAAUCCGAGAGAACUUAUUUUUGGAUAGGAUUGCAAGACCUUAAUAACACAGGAGAAUACUUUUGGCUAAGUACAGCGGGAAAGAAUCGCUCUGUGAGCUACACAAACUGGAACAAGUACCAGCCACGUCAUUCUGGAGGAUGUGUGGCUAUGCGAGGGCAGCACCCCAUUGGUUAUUGGGAGGUGAAAAGCUGUAAGAACUUCAAAGCAAUGUCACUGUGCAAGCAAAAAAUCAAUUCUUACGAAGAACCUGAACUUACUUUUCAAAAACAUUUGAGUUCCUGCUAUUUUGGAUGGGAGUCAGAAGCUAAUCUGCUCAGCUGCUACAAGAUAUUUCACAAUGAAAAAGUUCUGAUGAGAAGAACAUGGGAUGAAGCAGAAGCGUUAUGCCAAGAUUUUGGAGCACAUCUUGCUAGUUUUAGCCAUAUCUAUGAAGAGACAUUUUUAAACAAUUUAUUAUAUACAAUUUUUGAUAGGACAGAAGAAAGACAGUUCUGGAUUGGAUUUAAUAAAAAAAACCCGCUUUCUGGAGGGACAUGGCAGUGGUCUGACAGAACACCUGUUGUAUCUUCAUUUUUGGAGAGCAAGUAUGUUGAAGAUGACUCAAGAAACUGCGGUGUGUUCAAAGUAAAUAGAACAGUCUUUCCAGCACACUGCAAUGAAAAGCGUGAAUGGAUAUGCAAAAUACCAAAAGGUGUUAAGCCAAAGAAUCCAGAUUGGUACAUAGCUGAACUGCCGUGGUCGUAUUAUCAAGGAGCAGAAUAUCUUUUCCAUGUCAGUCCUACGGACUGGGAAACCUAUGAGUUUGUCUGUGGCUGGCUUCGCAGUGGAACGGCAACAAUAAAUUCUUCUGGUGAACAAGCCUUUAUACAAAAUAAAAUUAAGAAGCUAUCGAAUAGUGAUGUUCACUGGUGGAUUGGAUUGCACACAGAAAACCUCAGUGAUGAAUUUCGCUGGAGAGAUGAAUCACCAGUAACAUACCAGAACUGGAAUGAAGGGAGCGAGAGAGAUCCGCAGAAACCAGGGAAAAGAUGUGGUUUCAUUUCGUCACAAACAGGACUCUGGGGUGAUGAAAACUGUACUGUCUCUCUUCCCUGUAUUUGUAAACGUAAAUUUGCAUGGAAAAUAGAGAAAGAGAUUCCAAAAGACCAGAACCAACAAGGAAUAUGUCCCAAAGGCUGGUUGCACUUUGGAUUCAAAUGCUUUUUGAUACAAAUUCCGAAGGAUCCAGAGCAUCUGAGAAACUGGUACUCUGCACAAGAGUUCUGCAGUAGCUAUGAUGGGUCACUCGCUUCCCUUGAAGAUGAACUGGAACAAGCUUUCAUAACAAUGAAUCUAUUUGGACGGAAAACUAGUGUUUGGAUAGGUUUCCAGAGUGAUGAUUAUGAAAAAUGGGUGAAUGAAAAUCCUCCUAUGUAUUCCAACUGGUCUCCAGUUGAAGUAGUGCAUAGGCAGCAUUAUAACAGUGCAAACAUUCAAGAACAACUUCCGCUAUGUACAUUGGUAUCAAAUAACCCUAAUUUUUAUUUUACGGGAAAAUGGUACUUAGAAAACUGUCAGAAAAAUUACGGGUUUGUCUGCCAAAAGACUCAGGAUACAUCCAGACAUGUCAUCAAUGCAUCUGAAAUGUACCCUGUGCCAGAUACUUUGGAAUAUGGAAACAGAACAUAUAAACUAAUACGUGGGAAUUUUACAUGGUCUUCAGCUUUAAAAACCUGCAUGGCAAACGGCGCGGAGUUGGUCAGCAUUACAGACCAGUAUCACCAAGCUUUCCUCACGGUCAUUGUGAAUCGGCUGGGAUACAACCACUGGAUCGGGCUGUUCACUUCGGAUAACGGGCUUAACUUUGAAUGGUCGGAUGGGACUAGGUCUCUGUUUACCUUCUGGGAAGAUGACGAGUCCCAGGCCUUUGGCAGCUGUGUUUACAUUGAUACUUCAGGGCACUGGAAAAGUGCUAACUGUGAACGACUUCUGCAAGGAGCAGUUUGCCAUGUGUCACCGAAAAAGAAACUCACUGCCUAUAAAGGCUUAUGUUCAGAAAAAAAUGUUCCCUGGAUCAAAUUCAAAAACAGUUGCUACAGCUUUUCUACAGUUCUGCAGGGCACAAGUUUUGAUACUGCAUAUGAAGUCUGCAAAAAUCAAGGAUCAAAUCUUCUAACUAUUCAAGAUGAAGAUGAAAAUGCCUUCAUUUUGGAAGAAUUGCACAGUUUUGGUUAUUCUGUGCAAAUGGUUUGGUUGAACAUCCUGAUUGUUACAGACAAUGAGACAAUCUCCUGGUUUGAUGGUUCUCCCUUAAAUUAUUCUAACUGGGGCAUCAGGGAGCCUGAAUUUGAUCAUCUCAAAGGGAAUUUCUGUAUCAGCCUGAGAACUACAGAUGGAGUCUGGCAAUUAUCUCCAUGCAGAGAAAAAAAGGGAUUUGUAUGUAAAAUGGAUGCAGAUAUCGAUGCAACAGAACCCUCUGAAAAAACAUCAUACCGUGGGCUUGUAGCUCUGGCUGUUCUUGUGACGUUGGUGAUGCUGGCUGCCAUUUCCCUUUUCCUGUGGUGCCUGUACAAACAGAACAACCGACUCUUCCGCAGGAUACUGUGGGUCAGAAACGCCUAUUUGCCACAGAUUAACGCUGAUGUUCCUACUUUGGAAGAAAGCAUCCUCAUUUCUGAUUUUGAGAGAAGUGACAACAAUUAAUUGAUCAGAAGUAGCAAGCGGUCACGUCUUCCGUGUGAAACUCCACGAUCUACAGUGAUUUUCUCCUUCUCGGGAGUCCCCUGGGGUACCCAUAUCCAGAGAAACCCUCGCAGCCAUCGGUAUGAAUGCCGUAGGGGCUCCCUACCUUGGAGAGCUUUUGCUUUGUGGCAGGAUGAGGUGAGGAUGCAAGGCAGAACCAUGGAGAAAUUGGCUCCUUUGGGACAAGCCAGGAACUGAAAAUAUUCCCACACCAUAAACCUCCAACCACUCAUGUGUAGCAGUCGUGUCCAAGACCCCAGAGCAGCACGCCUUUUCAUGCAACUUUUUCCUUUAGGAAUGUUUGGGCUUCUGUGUUUUGUUUUUAUAUGUUGCAGAAUCUGCUCAUGAGCCAGCAUUAAAAUUUGGCCUUGAAUUUAGGAACUCUGAAACAUACUCCAAGCAUUAUGGGGUAGAUUUUUUUUUUCUCAAUAGCCAUGCCUUCUGCAAAAUGAACAGUUAUUUUUCAGACAGUGGAUUCUUGCCAGGUGGAUUUCCAAGCUUGCAGAGAGAUGAAGUCACUUUUGACUUGGGAGUGCCAGGGUUUUGGUAGUUUGGCCUGUGAUGCCUAGUUCACGUUAUAAAAUAAAUUAGUCUAGAGAUAUAAUGGCAUACGGACUUUGUCAUCCUGAAGUUAAUGUAUUCAUUUGAGAUGCUUCCAGCAUCCUGUUAAAGAUGUAACUAUGUGAUCUCUCACCUAGGUUAUUUCAGAAAUUGAAUCCCAUCAACCUCUUUUAAAGAUAUUUUUGGGCAAUAUCUGUUUGAAGAAAGAAACUGUUAUAAAUCCUGCUGAAGUUAUGGUAAUAAAUUGCUUUACUGUUCACCUACAGUAUUUCUGCAAGCAGUAUUCACGUACGCUCUUCUGAGACCCUGCUCUCAAAAGCUAAGGACGAUACGUGGGGGAGCCACAUUGCAGUUCCCAAAGGGUGCUAUAGUCCUAUAACCCCAUGUAGCAGACCCUCCAAAGGACACUUUUCACUUUCAGUGUUUGUACUAAGGUGCUAAUGAAGGAGAUAAUUUCUCUGACCAGUUGUUCUGCAGGCUGAUGGUUGUGAAGGACCCAGCUCAGGUCUCUGUACUACCUCAGUUACAGCAGCCCAGGACAGCAACACUUACUCUCUGUGGGACUCCCACCACCCUAACCAGUCCUCCAGCCAUGUCUCUGAAAAUACCCGUAAGGUUGGGGGGGAUUUUAUUUUUUGUUUUUAUUGCAGUGUGGAAAAACAAAUGGUUAGUUAUGACGAAUUACUUCAGAAUGGAUUUACUGUGCCUUCAGUUGUCUCUAAAAGCUGCUGCAAAAGGCUCCAUUUAUUGUUGGGUUUGUUGGUUUGUUUGUUUUAAGAUGACUCAUUCUAACAAUUUUGCAAGAGCCGUAAGAUGGAGGUACGUUCCUCAGAAUUAAGCAAGCAGCUAAGGCCAACUGAAAUGUUUUUGCACAGUAUUUGUGCAUAUGCACAGGAAUGUAUGACUGCCUUUUAGUUAGAUUUCACAUGGCCAAUUCUAGAAACAAAAAUUGCCUCUUCAUGUCAUAAUUAUGUAUAGGGCUAUUUUUAAAAAUUAUUUGGUACAUAGAAUAUUUCUGUGCUGGUUUACAGAACCGUUCAAAAAUGUUGUCAAAGAAGCUGCAGAUGGUUUUGAUACCAAUAUCAUUUUCAAUUUACUGUUUUCGAUAACUUCUAUGGGUGUAGCUAUCACAAGUUCUUAAUCUGAGAUUUUUCCAUCAUAUAAAAUAUAAACAGCUUUUCUGUGUAUGUUUUGUCUGAUGGUUUGACCCCAUACAUUAGUCUUCAGUAAUGUUUUAAAAGUUUCGGUUGAGUCCUCUAGAUUUAUCUAUGGGGCUGUUUUUAUGUGAAGUCCACUAUUAGAGUUUGUGGACUGCAACUUUUGAGUACCAUUGCCAGAUAAUCUGCUGUUUAUAUGUAUGAACUGUGAUAGCUUCUUUACCACCAAAAGAAAAGAAGAAAAAAGGUUGUGACCAUCUUUCCCUUUCCCAUGUGAAUUUUACCUAUUUAAACUACAGUUGGAGGAGCUUAAACCAACAAAUCCCCUUCAUCACAUUCACUGACAAGUGUGUAAAUGCUGCCUUCUUACAGUACAGCAAGCAAAGUGACUUGCAGGAUGGUUUUUGUUUGCGAGAGUAAGCUGUGUCAUCUCCAAGGACGUGUAUUUAUCAGGCUACAAUGCUGUUACUAGUAAUGCAGACUCUUGUCAGAUUUUGAUGUGGUUAAUGAAGGUGUGUAUUUUUUUCACAAAACUUGACAUAGGCAUUUUAUCAAUUUUCCUUGAGGUGUGUUGUAAUCAUUUAAAUAUAUUUGAAGGGCAGUGGUAUAAUAAAUAACCCUAACCUCAAAAUAGUGAUUGUUGAUUAACGUCGGCUCUGAUGUAGAUGAUCUUGCAUUAAGGGAAAAAUAGUUAAGCAGUGUUUUCUUCCUACUUUGAAGUGGUUUUGAGGGAACAAACCCUUAAAUAUUUGUUUUUAAAUCUUUCAUCAUUUAACUUUUAUAAUUGCAGGUAUUAUUCACUCAAGAAUGUAAUCGUUGAUUGCUUUCUAGGCUUCAUUCUGGAUUUUGUUACCCAUAGCUUUCAUUUGUUUUCCUUUAAUCAGAGGUCUCCUAUACUUACUGUUCUGAUCAGAGUAUGUGGUGACUAUGUUUUUACUGCUGACUUUGAUGAUAUUGGCAGUGAGAUUCACUGUAUUAUUUCAACUGGAAAAUUAAAGCGUGAAUAAUGA